GGGCAAUAUUGUACCCAAAAAGAAAAAAGAAAAGCAAGGGGCAGAGCUGAAGCUCUAUCGCUGGUAUAGGGAUUUAUUUUGGGAGAGAGGGCUAUAAACGGCUGAGCUCACCAUGAUCUUUACUCUCUGACGCUUGUCUGUCUGCGCGCCACCCUCUCCUCCAGUGGCAUCAUCCAACCUCCUCCUAUAGGGCCAAGGACUUUGAAAGUUGGCAAGAGUUAAAGAAAAAGAUGAGGAAAUAGAGUUGCAUCACUUUCUCCUGUUGUUUGCUUAUUUACUAGUUUCUUGGUUCAGCAUCUUUGAAGCGCCUCUUUGUGGCCGAUGCUAAUGGGGACUAGAGUGAGCAAGUGCUGUUGGUGAUGGAUUUCCGGCAGUUGCUUGUCCAUACCUUUUGGAAGCCAAAGGCAAGAGUGCACCGCAACCAGAUCGUAGCAAACCAAGAAGAGAAAGAGGAGUUUCAAGAAAGAGUUUGAAGGCAGCAGCCGAAGAGAAAAAGUAGACUAGAGAGUACUCUAGAUCUCAGGAGGACUCAUUACUACCCGAUUCAAAAUAUAAGAAGAGGAGGAGGCCUGCCUUUCCUCAAGCACUUAAGAAAAAGGAGGUGGAGGGAGAGAAGACGAAGAAGAAGAGGAAGAAAGAGGACUGACUGCUUUAAGGCUUCCGACCGCAUCAAAUUCAUCAGCAGCAACAGCAACAGCCAAAGCAAAAGGUUCUUGGGCCACCACGGCUUCUUCGUCUGAACAUGCUCACCUCUCAGAGAAGAUGGAAGAGAGCCCCCCCCACCACCACCACCACCACAGUCACGACGAGCAGAAGCUCCUCCACCAUCACAACCACCACCACCACCAGCAGCGGCCGCCACCCCAUAAUUCUAGGCUGGGGACUUUGAGGGAAGGCGGUGGUCAGGUCGUGGAGGUCGCGGGGGGCCACAUUGUGCGGUCCACCGGGCGCAAGGACCGGCACAGCAAGGUGUGCACUGCCAAGGGCCUGCGGGACCGCCGUGUCCGCCUCUCGGCCCACACCGCCAUCCAGUUCUAUGACGUCCAGGACCGCCUUGGCUAUGACCGCCCUAGCAAAGCCGUGGACUGGCUCAUCAAGCAUGCCAAGGGUGCCAUCGACGAGCUCGCCGAGCUCCCCCGCUGGUACCCUCCCGCCGCCACCUACGCCUCCUCAUCCAAUCCUUCUCCACCUCCAAAUCAACACGAUCACCUCCAUGACCAGCCUGUGCCCACCGAACCAUCCGCUGAACAAGCCGCUUAUAGCACUGGUAAUUUCCUCCCUCCUCCACUGGAUUCCGAUUCCAUUGCCGACACCAUCAAGACCUUCUUUCCUUUGGCCACAACCACUGCAUCAUCCUCUUACCAGAACCACCACCCACCGGACCUCCUAUCUCGUAGUAGCAGCCAAGUCCAAGACCUCCGCCUCUCCCUGCAGUCCUUCCAAGAUCCCAUGUUUCACCAGAAUCAAAUACCUACUGCAUCCUCCCAGCAGAACUUCCUCCCUGGCUAUUUAGCCUUCGAUGCCACCUCCGCCAGCUGGCCUGAGCAAAACCAGAGAAUUGUUGCAUGGAAUGUGGCGGAGACCAGUAGCGGCGAAGGUGGUGGAGGUUAUGGGUUCAAUAUGCCACCGCCCCAGACGGUGCCGCUGCACCCGGCGCUCGGUCAAAGCCAGCUUCUUUCUCAGAGGGGAACCCUUCAGUCCAGUAUCUUGCCGUCGGUUCGUGCCUGGAUGGAUCCGAUUGCUGCCGCCGCCGGUCAUCAGAUUCACCCAGCAGGAGUCCAUUCAUCAUCACCGUCAGUCACAACCACAGGAUUCGUAUUCAGUGGUGAUGGUGGUUUCUCUGGGUUCCAUAUUCCAGCGCGGAUACAGGGUGAAGAGGAGCAUGGUUGCAUCCCCGGAAAGCCACCAUCUGACUCCUCUGCUUCUAAUCAGUGAUAUAAAGAGAGGGGUAGAUAUAGUGGAGAAGAAAAUCCACAAUCAAGCUUUCAGGGGCUUCUCCCAUUCCUUCUCAGGUUAAAGUUCAAUCAGAUGACAACUUUAGUUGCCACAAAUAUUUCUAUCAAUGUUCUCGUACAUCUCAGGAUUGCUUGGUCAAUAUGGUAGAGGGACAAGAAG